AUGACUUCCCGCGCGCUUGAGGACUACACAAUCGCGUGGAUCUGUGCCUUGGCUGUCGAGGCGGCAGCGGCCCGCGCCAUUCUAGAUCAGACCCACCCCUUACCUCUGGGAUUCACGGAUCCAAACGCCUACGAAUUCGGCGAACUGAACGGUCAUCACAUCAUCCUUGCCUACCUACCAAGUGGGGUCUAUGGGACUACGUCCGCGGCAAUCGUCGUAUCUCGCUUGCGUCGGACGUUUCCUCGGCUUCAGUUUGGACUCAUGGUGGGGAUUGGCGGCGGGGUCCCCAGCCAAAAAAAUGACAUUCGACUAGGCGAUGUCGUUGUCAGCAAGCCGGGAGUAAAACAUGGUGGUGUGAUACAGUACGAUUAUGGCAAAACAGUUCAGGGUGGAAAACUUGAGCAAACGGGAGUCUUAAAUCAGCCACCACAAGCUCUUCUAACGCGGUUGAACCAACUGGAAGCAAAUCGAAUGACGACUAGGAAAGGUUCUUUGUUAGAAGUUGUCAGCGAAGUACUGGAACGAAAUCCUGAUAUGCAGAGGCAGUUCUCGCCUCCAGAGGAGCACACAGAUAACCUCUUUGAUCCAUCCUAUUACCAUCUCGACAAGGAAUCUGAUUGCGCAAAUUGUGACAAAGAGCGACUUGUCAAACGCCAGCCGCGGGAUGAGAAGGAACCUUUUAUUCACUAUGGUUUGAUUGCUUCUGGGAACCAGGUGAUGAAGGACGCUGAAACACGAGACCGCCUGGCCUACGAGCAGGGUAUACUCUGCUUCGAGAUGGAAGCAGCGGGCAUUAUGAACGAGCUUCCAACACUCGUCGUCCGAGGUAUUUGCGACUAUUGCGACUCCCACAAGCAGAAACAGUGGCAGGGGUAUGCGGCUUUGACAGCAGCUGCAUAUGCAAAACUAUUACUAUCCGUCUUGCCUGUUCAAGCUGCUACAGCGCCACGGUCAAGACACGAAUUCACAGAUAAAGAUAAAGCCUGCCUGCGAGACUUGCUGGUCGCCGAUCCGGAAACUGAGCGACGACGCAUUGAGGCCACAAAGGGCGGCUUGCUGGAUGACUCGUUUCGAUGGGUUUUGGAAAAUGCUGAAUUCCGGAAAUGGCAUAGCAGUUCUAAGAGCGAGUUGCUUUGGAUUAAGGGCGAUCCUGGCAAGGGUAAGACCAUGCUUUUGAUUGGGCUAAUCAAUGAGCUGUUACUGCAAGUUCAGUCGCAGCCAUCGCGAUCAAUUGCCUACUUCCUCUGCCAAGCAACGGACCCGAAACUGAACAAUGCCACCAGUAUCCUACGGAGUGUGAUCUAUAUGCUGGUCCAGCAACAGCCGCAUUUGAUCUCACGUUUGCGACAAAAAUAUGACACCAACCCAAACCUGUUCGAAAGCGCAAAUGCGUUCUACAGCCUGUCUGGGAUGUUCGAAAACAUGAUCCACGAUUCCACAGAAGCCACGAUCUACCUACUUGUCGAUGCUCUUGAUGAAUGUGAAACAGGUCUAUCUGAUCUCCUUAAACUUAUUGCAAGAACCAAGUUCAUAUCGGCUGCCCAGGUGAAGUGGAUUGUCUCCAGCCGAAAUAGGGAUGAGAUCGAGCAAGAGCUAGAAUUUGGCACCGAGCACUCCAACGCAAUGGAGCCCUCUUGA